AUGGCACCGUACGACGAGGAGGAAAUAUCACCGGAUGACUUGUUGACGAACAUGAUCGUAAUGGGGGCGUCUCUCAUAGUAAUUGCCGCAGUUGUCAUCGGCGUUGUUGCCGGAGUAGAUAGCAAGGGCGGUCCGGGGAAACUGGGCGAGAAUGUCACCCUUGAUAAUAUGAUGGGCGUCGAUGAAAUAUGUAAUCAAACUGAUUACAAGGAAUCUUGCAUGGCUAGCCUACAACCGGUGGGCGACAAAGCCAGCGUGAAAAAGUAUUUAACGGCCGCCAUAAACGGCACCGUUUCAGAAAUGACAAAUGCAAUGCAGAAGGCAAAAGUCAAUGCUGACGCGAUCGGGGAUCAAAGUUUAGAAAAAAUGGCGCUUGAAGAUUGCGUGGAGUUGAUGGGGCUGUCCAUUGAGGAGAUGCAGUCUGUGAUGCCAUUGGAAGAUGUAGGCGAUGGUAGGAGCAGCUUGAGCGCUGUGAUUGCAUAUCAAAGAGCGUGCGUUGAGGGAUUAAAGGAGUCUCUGUAUGCCUCGUUUGCAGAUUUUGAUGGGGGUCUGCAGAAGGCCAGAGAGCUUGCGAGCAUUAUCUUGGCUAUAAUUUACGAGAAUUUUCCAAACGAUGACGCUAGAGUUGAACGGCAGUUGAUGGCGGAUCAGCGCAAAGUAUUGCAGGAUUACAAGAAGGCCGGUGGGCAGAUGAUUCCCCAUGCUUCUGUGGCUAAAGAUGGGAGUGAGGAAUACGGGAGCAUCAAUGCCGCUCUUGAUGCAUAUCCAAACGACAUCAAAGGACGAUAUGUCAUCUACGUGAAGGCCGGGGUGUACGAGGAGAACGUCGUUGUCGCCAAGAAUAAGACCAAUGUAUUCAUGUAUGGUGAUGGGGUUACUGAAACCAUUAUCUCUGGAACAAAUCUCGACGACACUACCACCUAUAGGAGAGCUACAUUAUCGGCAAUUGGCAAUGAAUUUAUCUGCGCGAAUAUUGGAAUCAAAGUCCCAGAUAAAAGCAGUGGAAAUUCCAUAGCGGCGUUAAAAAUCCAGUCUGAUAAAGCAGCCUUCUACAACUGCAGAAUAAAUGGUACAACAUCAAACAUAUACGCAUUAGCGCAUCGACAGUUCUUCAAGGAGUGUGAAAUCUAUGGCGUCACAAACAUCAUCAAAGGUGACGCUGCACUUGUAAUCCAACGCUCCAAAAUCGUCGUGACGCAGCCAUCUACGCCGGUGGCAAACAUCAUAACUUUGCAGGGCAGGAGCGAUAAGCGUGAAAACACUGGUUUUGUGAUCCACGGCAGCGUUAUUGUGGCAGACGAAUCUAACUCCCCUGAAAAACUGAAGAAUUGGACUUACUUGGGCAUGGCAGUGGAUAAAUAUUCAAGAACAAUCGUCAUGGAAUCAUUGCUGGGAGAUUUGAUCAAUGCACAGGGAUGGAGCAGCAGCAACAACUAUGGAAUUGAAAAUGUGACGUUUGCAGAGUAUAAAAACAGGGGGCCUGGAGCUCAAACCAAAAACAGAGUCAACUGGCCGAGUCACACUGUCAUCACCAAUAGAAACGAUGCUCUGCUUUAUACGGCUGACCGAUUCAUCGAAUUACAGAAAUGGUCGCUAGACAACAUAAUCGGCCCCUUACACGCCGGUCUUUUUUCAUGA